CGAUAUAUUGGAUUCGUAUGAAACGAAAAGGGGAUGGAUUAUGUAUAACGUCGAGGGGAAGGCAGACUUUCUCUCCGAACGAGGUGUUGUUGUGGGGAGGACGGGUUCGGAGGGUCUGUCGGAGUAUCACACGUUGAUUGUAAGACCGAGAGGGGGAAACAAAAACGAGUAUAAAAGAGUAGGGAUUGGAAUGGUUCAGAAAGGCUACAUAUCACGAUAACAGGCUAACAUUCGUGUUUUUUGAAUGACUAUAUACUGGGAAUCUGGCACAGCAUAUGGUUUGGAGGGAU